GUACAAACUAAACGAGAUAAUAUAAAUAUAAAUUAUCAAAGAUAAUUUUAAUAAACUGGUAACCAAAUGCCCAUGUAUAUACACCUAAAAUGCGGAGGAAUGGACAAAGGUUUCUUUCUUCCUUUCUGCCUGGUUUCUUAAAGUUAGAUGAACAGUUGCCGAAAGGGUCUUUUCUCCUCCAGGAAGACGAACAGUUAUUUCAUAAAUUAAGGUCAAAAGAGCAACAUGAAAGGAACUGUUCAUCACGUGCAUGUAUAAUGGGAUCCACUUAUUCCUCAAAAGUAAAUCGGAAAAUCCAUGUCAUGCUGUGCUGGUUUACGAUAAUCAGCUUUCCACUUGUCAAACUUGUGGACUGCCCAGUUUACUUUGGUCAAUUUACCUAAGCCACUCCAAAUUCUCUUUAAGCUUUGAUAUUAAUAAUAAUAACCACCCAUGGUCCAUACGCAUUUAUGUUACGCCCCAUUUGCUGUUUCCAUUCUCUGAUUGGGAUCCCAACCUUUGCCGGCAACUAGCCACCUUCCUCACUUCUAGCUCUUUUGCAGAAAUGGGCAUCAGAGUCUGCUGGUGCAACAUGGAGACAGACUAUAGAGCUGUUCGAUUGGGGCAAAGUUGUAGAGAGAUUAGGCCUGUGAAGUCAUCUUCCACCUCUGGGUUAGCCAAGUUCAGGUGGGAAGUUCUGUGGAUGAAGUUCAAGAAAGAGAUGAAGAAGAUGUUUGAGUUUGUUUCUCCUUUGCAGGUUCCUUAUUAUAAUUCCUACACUUACUCGCAGAAUUUUGAUCAAGGGUUUGCAUGGGAAGAGCCUGAUAAUCUAUCCAGAUCUUUCUCUGUGCGUUUUGCUGAUCCUUCUAGGAGACUUCUGAAGAAGACUGAGAUGUGAUGGAAGAUAUAAACAAAAGCCUCAACUCUCAAAUAUCUUGUGUAUUAAUAUCCAUUAAAAUCUCUCUUGAAUGCGUGCAAAGAUGUGUGACUAGGAUCUUCUAUCUGAUUUCUAAAGCUUUCUCUAUUUUGCAUCUUAAUUUAUCAUUUUUCUCUUUUUGGUUUGAUGUAAAAGAUAGGAACAAGGAACAAAACAACAUUUUUUUCAUUGAAUUUAGAAAUUCUCUACAUUUGUUUCUGUCUUGCAA